UAAGGAGAACAUUUGCAACAUUUUUAGUUCCUGGAAUAACAACUCCAAAAAUCUUCCGCCAGCACCAAGAAUUUUACCUUUGCUUGGAAAUCUCCUUAUUAUGGAUAUGAAAAGACCACACAGAACAAUGCUGAAGGUAUUCUUUUUUCUCAUGGGGAGAAUUGGAAAGUGAUGCGCCGCUUUACCAUAUCUGCACUACGGGACUAUGGAAUGGGCAAGAGGACUAUAGAGGAUAAAAUAAUUGAAGAGUGCAGGCUCCUGACAAAGGCAUUUGAAUCUUAUGAAGGACAACCAUUUGAGAAUACAGAACUUAUGAAUUCCGCUGUUGGCAAUAUCAUUGUUUCUAUUAUACUUGGCAAGCGAUAUGAGUAUGAAGACCCCACAUUUCAAGGACUACUAAAGAUAAUCAAUGAAAAUGUCCGGCUUGCAGGAAGCCCUCCUGUUUUGUUCUACAAUAUGUUCCCCCUGUUUGGCUUUCUUUUUGGUGCUCGUAACGUAAUUCUGAAUAAUAGAAAGGAAUUGUUUGGUUUCAUAAAGACCACUUUCAUAGAACACCUCAAAGCUCUGGAUGAAAAUGACCAGAGGAGCUUUAUUGAUUCAUUUCUUGUCCAACAGGCAGAGGUAAGGAAGUGUUUUAUUCCAGGAAUUCCAAGUAAAGGCCCCUUGGUAAUCUCUGAGCUUGGUGGUUUUCUUGCACAUGUUUCAUCACCCAAACUCGGUAACUAGAUAACUAGCACUGAUUAUUUUACCUAAUAAUGAAACUUCUGCAAGGAAAACAACCAAGGUCAAAGUGCACCAAGGACCCCUCAUUUCAACCUUGAGCUACAGAUAUUCUUCUUUAUUGUUAAUUCCAAAUGAUAUUUUCAUAGCAUAUUCAUACCUUUAAAGCAGGAAAUAAAAACUCAUUUUUAACUGACAAUUGAAACUUCUAAACUGAAAACUAAGGGAGUUUCCUUUAAAAAAUGUCCCAAAUAGUACAUUUUGAGAGUUAUAUUAAAGUGCUAUAUGUAGUAUAAAAAUAUGUUGCAAAGCAAUUCUUUAAAGUAUUAAUUUCCUCAAUUUAAACAAAGCCCAUCUAAACAAAUCUGCUGCUGCUGCUUCUCCUACCCCGCUCUACAUGGGGCAGCCUUUGAAGAGCGUCCGGA